AUGAAUGAGUUUAAAUCAACUCCUGCCAAUACCCGGGAGGAAGAUCCUAGGAAAUCGGUCUCUCAAGGUCACAAUUUCGAUUAUUCGAGUUCGAAUAUUUUUAUCGAAUCAGCUUCGUUUAUGUUGAUUAGUAUUUGGUUUACAGAUGUGAUUAGCCGAGAUGGUUCGAGGGAUCAAAGCUUACCAGCAACAGAGACGGCAGACGUGCCUAAAUCAUCAAAACGUGGUUCAUCUUCAACUAGGAAUGGUCCUACAGGAGAGUCUAAAGGGAAGGAGAAAUCAGAUAAGCCUAAGAAUCCAAAGAAGAGUUCCAAGACCAAUUCUUCAAAGGAAACUUCAGAUAGCACCACAAAGCCUAAGAAAAAGCCGAAGGAACACAAGGAGCCAAAGGAACCAAAGGACUCGGUCGACUCGGAUAACCAGAAGAAAAGUAGUCGACGAAACAAGUCGAAAGAGAGUGUCGAGGGAUCCUCCAGGAGGUCCAAGACCCGGGACAUGGAAGCUGGAUCCGAGUCAGGGUCUGUAACUGGUAUCCGAGAGGAUCGACUAAGUACUGGUUCAGGUUUUGAAGGAGAAUUCUGA